AUGGCCAUCGCUGAUCCAUCGCCGGCCAUGAUGAGUGGUGAGGAGAACGUCCGCAAGGUCACCACCGCCUCCAACAGCACGGCAUCUGCUGCAUUGGCCGCUGCGGCGGCCGACGCCAGUGCCGAUUAUCGGGUCGCCGUCUUUGGAGCUGGUGGUGUGGGAAAGUCGUCGAUCGUGUUGCGCUUUGUAAAGGGUACCUUCUCCGACAAUUAUGUGCCGACCAUCGAGGAUAAGUACGAUCAAGUGAUCACGUGCAAUCAGAAGAGUGUAUGCACCCUGCAAGUCACCGACACAACGGGCAGUCAUCAGUUCCCUGCUAUGCAGAGAUUGAGCAUCAGCAAGGGGCAUGCGUUCCUUCUGGUUUAUUCGAUUACUUCCAUUCAAAGCUUUGUCGAAUUGAGGCCGAUUUGGGAGAUGAUAAAGGAGGUGAAAGGGGAUCAACUCCACGACUUCCCCGUCAUGUUGGUUGGGAAUAAGAAAGAUGAAGACUCGGUGAGUUACAAUAAAUUAAUAUUACUCAUUGCAGUUUGCUUUGUAAACUAUUAAAAUCCGCUUUGACUUAUUGCAGAAACGGCAAAUCAAAGCGACAGUUGGACAGGAACAAGCUCAGCUCUGGGGUGUUGGAUUCAUCGAGACCAGUGCCAAGAGUAACGAGAAUAUCACCGAGUAAGUUUUGAUAUUUUGUGAAUUUUGUAGAGUUUAUCUUGAACUUUCUUUCUUUUCUCAGACUUUUACCGCCGAAUUCUGUGUUUCCCCCGGAACCCUCAAUUACUGUCACUUUUUUGAAGGCCAUAAAUUCCAUAAACGUCGGUUUGACGCGAAAUACUGUCCCUUCCCUCUCCGUACAUUCCAGAACAUUUGUGUCCUUGAAUCCGGUUCGGAAAGUCUUGUCAAAAGUAAUGUCAUUAAAGUAAUUACUUUGUAAAAACCUCUCUUUUCGAAUUUUGUAACCCAAUUAAAGAGGGGUUGUAAUUGCAGGUUGUUCCAAAAGUUGUUGUCCAUGGAGAAGAAGAGACAUUUGGCCUUAACGGCGAACGACGAGGACGCCAAGAACGGGACUCGUCGUCGUUGUGUUCUCAUGUAA